AUGGUUGCCAUCGAUCGUGUUGGACAUGUCUAUCCAUCAGUUCAUCUACAAGAGAUGCUUAAUCUUGCACAAAAACCAGCACAAUUACAAACACCAACUCAAUAUGGAAGCGUUCCAUUUAACGAAACUGUAGCUAGUGUUAUGAACGGAGAUGCUAUGCAGAAGAUUACACCCGAACAAUUUGGACUUGCUAACAAUCCAUCAUUACAAUUUGCAACACCUGGCGGUGGAUUCAUUCAAGUUUUUGGCCCAUUGAAAACACCUGGUAACGAUAAAUUUUUUCAUGAUCCCAACCCAGUUGUUAUUCAAAAGAAAUCAAAACCUAUUACAUACGUACAAAAAAUUAAUUUAGCUUAUUAUAAACCACCUGCACCACCAGCACCAGGUCCAGUUAUCAUCAAAGAAGUACGACCACCUCAGGCACCAGUUCCACCACCACUUUUUGUUCGUAUUCAACCACCACCACCACCAGAACAAGCUCCAAUAGUCAUUCGUGAAGCUCCACCACCACGCCCAAAACAUAUUCCAACCACUCAUUUAACAAAAGUCUUACCAGCUAUUCCAGUUCCACCACCAAAUGUUCAUGUACGUAAUGCUCCUGAUCAAGCAACACUUGAAAAGACUUUAAAUGGUUUGGGUCUUACAUCUUUAUUACAAUAA